GCGCUGGGAGUUGGCCCACACAGUCGGCUACAGUGUCAGUUGCCAUUCACGCUUGGGACUAACCAGUCUGCCCGCCAGCCACGCGAAAAAACCAAGCCAAAACCAAACCAAAACGAAGCGAGGCGCACCGAAAGUGCUGGCCAGAAACGAUGGGCAACAAAGUUGUGACAUUCACGGAACAGGAACUGGAUGACUACCAGGAUUGCACGUUCUUCACGCGCAAGGAGAUCCUGCGGGUUCAUAAACGAUUCCGUGAGCUGCGCCCGGACUUGGUGCCCCGUGAGAUGACUGGCCAGGCCUCCAGUGUGAAGGUGCCCUGCGAGUGCAUUGAGAAGAUGCCCGAGUUGCGUGAGAACCCCUUUCGCCGGCGAAUAUGCGAGGCCUUCUCACGCGAUGGGCAGGGCAAUCUAUCCUUCGAGGACUUUCUGGACGCCCUCUCCGUUUUCAGCGAGCAGGCGCCGAGGGACAUUAAAGUUUUCUACGCUUUCAAAAUCUACGAUUUCGACCAGGACGGCUUCAUCGGGCACGCUGACCUCAUGUCCUGCCUGACAACAAUGACCAAGAACGAGCUGAGUCCGGAGGAGCACAAGCAGAUUGCCGACAAGGUAAUCGAGGAGGCCGACGUCGACGGCGAUGGCAAGUUAUCAAUUUUGGAGUUCGAGCACGUUAUACUCCGGGCCCCCGACUUCCUCUCCACCUUCCACAUCAGAAUAUAAAAUUGUCGUUUGCCGGGAGUGCACGGCGGAAAAUAAAGUAUCCUUUUGGAUCUCAUGUUACUUAUUACAGUAAUAAAAUGGAAAUGGUUUAGGAAUGUUUACCUGA